AUGCAGAAUUUUUUGAAUCUUAGAGGCUCUAAAGGCAGCGCUGGAGAAGGCGGUAUUGCUGAUGAUCCUAUGGGUUUCGCAUCUCAUGCCAGGGAGAGUGCCAAGCAAGCAGAAACGAUGAAGAAAAUCAACGAUGUGAUUCCUGGAGACACAAAGCAAAAGAUAGCCAUCAUGAACAAAAUUAACGAUGCUACAGGUGGUAAUGCUAUGAAAGUAGUUAUGGACGUCAAGAAUAAUUCAUCCUCUGCUCAAGAGGCUUUCGGCAAACUCCAGAGUCAAUUCAAAUUGGAUAGCCCUCUAUUUUGA